AUGCGAGAAAUAAUCAUUAUCUUGGCUUAUGUUGAGAGAGCCAGCCUCAAGAAUACACUGUUUGUCUGUGAUGUCUCUGCAGCUCAGUGGUGUUACCAGAGCCAGUACUCCUGUGAUGACACAUGCAGAGACCCCUUCCACUGGGCAGCUCAGUUUCCCAGCUGUGGAGGGUUACGUCAGUCACCAAUCAACAUCGUGACCAGUAAAGUGCACGUCAACACCGCUCUGCCACCUUUCAACUUCAUUGGUCACACUGACGUAAUCAACAUUACAGUGGAAAACAAAGGGCACUCAGCUCACUUUCAUCUGCCACAGUCGGUGCGGCUGACAGGAGGAGCUCUUCCCGGUCACUACAGAGCGGCCCAGUUUCACUUCCACUGGGGAGGGAAUGGCAGACCUGGAUCAGAGCACACCAUUGACGGAGAGAGAUUCCCCAUGGAGCUGCAUAUAGUCCACAUCAAGGAGCCGUACGGUUCUCUGGCAGAGGCAGAACAUGACAUGGCGGGUAUCGCUCUGCUCGCCUUCCUGUUUGAGGAAACAACAGACGAUCAUCCUCAUCUGGACACAGUCAUCACUGCUCUGGGUCGAGUUCAACACAACGGCAGCAGCACAGUGAUUCCAAACUUCCGCCUCAGUGACAUUAUCCCGUCUGCGAAGGACCUGCACAGUUACUUUCGCUACGUGGGCUCCAUGACAACUCCAGGGUGCGAACAGGCAGUUGCCUGGUCAGUGUUUCACAGGACCCUGUCCAUCAGCAGCCGACAGCUGGAUGCAAUAGUUCAGCAGUGUCAGUUCUGGACCGGACAGCCCAUGACUGACAUCUUCAGACCCACACAGCCUCUGGAUGGCAGAGUCGUGUACCGCUCCAAUGCCGCCGCCGCUCCGACCAGCGCGUGGUUCGGUGUAUUCUCAGUUGUGCUCAUGACAGCGGGUCAGACACUCUGACUCAGCACAUUAAACACCUGAUGAUCUAAGUGGCAGAAGUUAGUAUGUGUGUAAAGGGAACUUUUUAACUUUGUGUUAGCGUAACAACAAACUGUCAGAGUCCAGGUUUAUUCAUGAAACAAAAGGAAUACUACUGAAUAUCUACUGCUAUCUAAAAUACUAAGAUCAUGAUUUCCGUGUGUCCACACACUGUAAAUAAAGAUGGACAGCAUGUCUCCACUUUCUCCCAUCAUCCAGCAGAAAUGAAGCCAAAAUAUCCAUGUCACAAACGCCACCAUCUUGUGCUGAUGUUGCUGCCAGAUCGAUCAGCUCUUGAUACAGAGCUGCUGUAUCAAGGGGCAGCGGAUACUUGUGCUCGACCAAUCACGAGUCAGUCUCAGCUGCCAAUCAUGAUGUUCCACUCUGUUUUUAUAGAAUCAAAUAACCAAUUAAAACCAAACUUCCAAACCAUCAAUCAGAAACAUCAACACUUGGGAUCCAUAGUGUUAAGGUCCUUAAUAAGGUCCAUUUCCCAUCUUCUGACGCUGAGGCGGUGGGGUUUAUGACUUAUAUUGCAGGCCACCCGGGGGCCUCACUUUUGUCGAGCUGUCAUGUUGUCCAUCUUUAUUUACAGUGCAUGGUUGCAACAGUGACAGAAAUUAUUGGGCAAAGUUAAUGUUUCUUUUUUUGCUGUUAUUUUUUCAGCAAAGAAAUAGCUGACUCUGCGUGAAAAGUGGUCUGUAAUUAACUAUCUAGUCAGAAUAAACUUGGUUUGAUUUAG